UGGCAGUAGUGGGCCUUGCAGCGGGUGCAAAUGUCCUUUACCACAAAAAGAAGAAGUACUAAGGCAUCAGUACUUAAACUCUAGCUAGUUACAGCGAGCCAAUAAAGGGACUUAACUUUAUCCCAACACCUUUACAUUGAGGCAAAAUGCCUCGUUAUGCUCAGCUAGUGAUGGGUCCUGCUGGCAGCGGUAAGAGUACCUACUGCUCCACCAUGAUCCAGCAUUCAGAGGCUUUAAACCGCUCAGUUCAGGUGGUCAACCUGGACCCAGCAGCUGAGCACUUUGACUAUCCUGUCAUGGCAGACAUCCGUGAGCUCAUCCAGGUGGACGACGUGAUGGAGGAUGACUCUCUCAGGUUCGGGCCUAAUGGAGGCCUGGUGUUCUGCAUGGAGUACUUUGCCAACAAUUUUGACUGGCUAGGGGAAAGCUUGGGUCAUGUAGAGGAUGACUAUAUCCUGUUUGACUGCCCAGGUCAGAUUGAACUUUAUACACACCUCCCUGUGAUGAGGCAGCUAGUGGAGCAGCUCCAGCAGUGGGAGUUUCGAGUGUGCGGGGUCUUCCUGGUCGACUCUCAGUUCAUGGUGGAGUCUUUUAAGUUCAUCUCUGGUGUCAUGGCUGCCCUGAGUACCAUGGUGUCAUUAGAGAUUCCUCAAGUAAACAUCAUGACAAAAAUGGACCUGCUUAGUCCCAAAGCCAAGAAGGAAAUUGAAAAGUACCUGGACCCAGAUAUGUACUCAAUGAUGGAAGAUACCUCAGAUACCAUCAAAAGCACAAAGUUCAAGAAACUGACUAAAGCCAUCUGUGGUCUGAUUGAUGACUACAGUAUGGUGAGAUUCCUGCCUUUUGACCGCACCGAUGAGGAAGGCAUCAACAUAGUACUGCAAAACAUCGACUUUUCUAUACAGUAUGGGGAGGACCUGGAGUUUAAGGAGCCAAAGGAGGAAGAUGAAGAGCCCGCUAACCUAAAUUAUGAUGAGAUUUUUCAAGGCAAACUGGACAGCUGAGGAAUCAUGUGACUCCAGGAAUUCAUCUCUAAAGAGACUUAACUGAGUUGAAAAAACAUUUGAGGCUGAUGAAGAGCCACAAGAGAGUAUAUGGAGUCCAUGUGGAGAGACUACAAGAAAGGGACAUGUGGAAAAAGACUGAAGAUCAUGAAUAUCUUGUGUCAUGUAUGUGUGGAAGUUUGUUUUUAUACGCUGUUUUGAUGACUCAAGAAAUUUGUGAUUUCAACUUAUUCACCUUUAGUUUUUUUUAAAGAGUAUCUGAAGUUUAAAUAGUUGCUAAAUACAGUUAUUAAUGCUAUAUUUUUAAAUAAAAUAUUACAAACGAA